CGCAGCCCAGCCCAAUUCCUAAACCUGAAAUUGCAUCUUUUAUUGUAAUUUCCUUUCUCUCUCCUCUCUAUUCUCGCGAUCUCUUUCUCUUUCUCUCUCUUAAUCCUCUGCGAUUUCAGCCAACAAAUCGCCGCCGAAGCCGAAUUCCGUCGAGUUCAGUUUUGACAUGGCAACCAAGUACAUCUUAUCUGCUUCUCUAGGAACGUGUGCAGUGGCUUGGAUCUGUGACUACUACAUUUCCGACAAGAAGAUAUUUGGAGGCGAUACCCCAGGUACCGUUUCUAACAAGGAAUGGUGGGAGGAAACUGACAAGAAGUUCCAGGCAUGGCCUCGUACAGCCGGUCCACCAGUGGUCAUGAACCCCAUCAGUCGUCAGAAUUUCAUCGUCAAGACCAGCACCGACUCUUGAAGCAAUUUUUUUUCCUCUUCCCCUUUUACUCAAUAUUUCUAUGUUCGGGCCAAAUUGUUAAUUUUGCUCCUUUGAAAAUAGACUUAUAAUCAUUUUAUUUGACUGGAUUCAAUUCCUUAAGGUGAACUCAGGGCAAUGCCUUGAUAAUGGAUUAGUAAAAGGUUGCCAAUAAGAAAAGUUGUCUGAUUUUCAAUUCACUUUUUGAUAAUGAAUUAGUAACAAGUUGCCAAUAAGAAAAAGUUUGCUUUUCAA